AUGGCAAAAGUCAUUGUCAUGAUCUUUAUCCAUUAUGGCGUCGAGGUGUGUAGCCAAUGCGCUCCUAUUUGCAGACAGGUUGCUAAUGGUGCGGAUCAGUUGGACGGCACCCCGGACAGCAUCCUCGCCCAUAUCAAACACGCAGAAGAGCUGGUAAACUCCAACUCGAUAACAGACCUUGUCGAGAACACAGAGAAUCUGUACUAUGCGCUGUACGCCAGACUCAUCAUGGAGAUUGCCGCCGUGCAUUUGUGUGCCUCUUUCACCUUGGGAUUCCGACGUCCGGAAAGCGACAGGUCGUUCCAGCUCCCAGAGCCGCGGGAGAUAUGCAAAACCUUUCUCCUCUGUAAACAGAUGCUGGACGAGGAAGACGUGUGCAAUCACCUCAACAAAGAGCUUGUCAAGGAACAUCAGGUGGGGUUCAUUCGUUACAAGUCGGACAAAAUCCAAACCGACGGUUUCCUGCUCGACGACCUUCUUGGGUACCGCCGCCGCGCUCUUGAUGUCAUUGAAGAUGAAACGUCUGAGUUCCGUCAAGAAUGGCGCAAGGCGACUCCAAUGUACGAGAUGCCGCCACCAGAGAUUCUGGCACUUCAGUCUGAGAAGUACCUCAUUUGGACGCCACGCUGGGACGCAGUUCACAAGGCGGUGCCCGCGGUGAGCCUCCCUUUUAUUGACCCAAAAACCAUACCCAAAGAGAUCUGGGACCGCGAGAUGAUUUUGGACCAACGUCAGGCCACUCUAGCCAAGCUAGAAAGCAAAUGCGUUGGCGACAUCCGUCGCAUCGAUGAUCGACGUCGACUCAUUGAUUUCGUCCGUGAGAGAAAGUGUAUUUGUCGGUCUACCUGCAGUUGUGCGUGGGACUGCACCCAAGACGUGGAGCAUCCCUGUCCUUGCUCGGAGCGGACUCUGAGUCUUAUGGUAGCAAAGCGUCGAAAGAGUGUCGGCCCGCUACCUUUUGGCCCUCGAUGCAAUGUGCUUGCGAAAGCUAUCUUUGAGGGCAUCGCGUCUGUUCGGCCCAGCGAUGCCAAUGACAUGGAGCUUUCCGUGGAAAUCAAUCGCGCGUUCUCAGUCUUCGCAGAGGAGAUCCGGAAGCAGCGGUCAACCGGGGUUAUCACCAGCCCGACGAUGCUAUCUGUAUCUGAAAGAAAAGCAGAGCUACUGUUGAUAAGGGCACAGAUAUGA